ACCGUCUAACAACCCCCCUCCAUCCUCCGCACUUGUCAGGGGGUAAUGACACGCAGGGGGGCGGUGCAGAUGUUUUGUCAGGAACCGCACAUGUUGCACAAUCACUGCCAAAGAGACUACUGACAUGCCGGAUAAAGAUUUCUCUGGAUGACUCUUCUCAGCUGUCUGGGCAGAUGAGUGUUUGUGCCAAAUUUCUGCCAACAUGAUGGGACGAACCGAGUGAGACGACAUGUGGGUGUUCAAGGAGCGAAGCUUAGCCAUGGUUUGGACCUUCCUGCUGGGAGGCGGACUCACUCUGGACUUCUCUGUUGCAACAACCAAGAUCGUCCCUCAAUCGCUGCGGCUCCUCGGCUGUGUGUUUAUACCUCGAAGCAACGUCACCUGCCACUGGACGCCUGGAGACAAUCAGGCCAUGUACUAUACCCUUAAAGCUGAAAAAAUCCCACGUUCAAAAAGCUCGACAUUCAUCUGUACCACGACCGGGUUGAGCUGCACUGCAGGAAUCAAUGGAUCCGGACUUAGGUUCACGUUUUGCAUCAGUGUCAUAUCGCAUGGCAUAAGUGGAAAUAUUUCAUCUAAAAUUCGGUGCCAAUCUGCCAGAAUAGAAGGAAAAUUGGCUCCAGCGAGUUUGAACAGCGUCCAACAAGUUGACGGUUCCCCUCACUGCCUGAGUCUGUCCUGGACAAGUAAUGUGACUCAUUUUCCCCUGUCUCCAAAAGAAAUUGCAGCUGGAUACCUGGAUUCUCAAAUGAAGUUUACAGCAGAGGGAGAGGUAAAUGCUCAGGUCAGGAGUGUGAGGGUAACUGGAUACACUUUCCAGGUGUGCCUGUUUAAGCCGGACACCUCGUAUACGCUCGAGAUUCGAAACCGUUACCUGGGCCAGGUCAGCCCCUGGAGCGAGUGGAGCAACCCAUUUCAGGGAAGGACAGCAGAGGCUGCCCCGUCUGCAGCACCAGCUCUCUGGAGGGAGGUGGGACUUAUUGGCAGGAACGGAUGGAGGCUCAUUUCUCUGCUUUGGAAGCCGCUGCCUCGCUUCCUAGCCAACGGCAGAGUUGCCUUCUACAAUGUGACGUGUCGGGCGGAGAAUGAUCUGAAUCUUAGCGAUUAUGGGAGCUGUGGAAAACUGCCAAAUGAAGCCACAUCCUGCAGCUUGCCUCUUCCUGCUGGACGUUGCUCCUGUGGUCUGACGGCGUCCACCUCUGCAGGGACAUCGCCCAAAGCCCUGGUCUGGAUCUCAGGCUCCUCUGAAAAAGAGCCGCCACCUCCAGCCGAGCUCACGGCCACGCCGCUGGGUGACGGCAGCUUGGUGGUUCGCUGGAGGCCUCCGCCAGAUCUGUCAGUGAGCGGCUUCGUGGUGGAGUGGCUGGCAGUCAGAGAGGAAACCAGCAGCGUUCUGCACUGGGAAAAGCUGAAUAGCUCCUCUACAAAGCUGAUCAUCACAGAGGGAGUGAAGGCACUGGAACGUUACGCUGUCUCUGUCAAGGCUCUGUAUGGCGAACAAGGAGCAGGAGAAAAUAUAACGCUCCAUGUUUAUACGCGGGAAGGAACACCCUCAGCUGGUCCUGAUGUGCGGGUGGAGCACAUUUCUGAAAGCUCAGUGGAGCUCAGCUGGAGUCCAGUACCUGUGGAGCAGCUUCAUGGCUUCAUUCGGAGCUUCGCCCUCUUCUGCACCGCCGGAAACCAGCUGGAAAAGAGUGUAACUGUGCCAGGCCACGUCCACCGCUACACUCUGAAGAACAUGUCGCCUGGUAUUUAUGACAUAUUCAUUCGCGCCAGCACCGUCGCCGGCACUGGUCCAGCUGGGAACCCGGCUAACGUUCGCAUUGGCUCUGAGGAAAUAUCGAUAGUGAUCUGCAUCAUCGUUCCACUGCUGCUGAUUUCACUGGUGCUGAUUCUGAUACUCCUUCUGGCUCAGGGGAGAGUGAUAAAGAAGAAGCUCUUCCAUGGGGUGCCAGAUCCUUCUAACAGCACCGUGUCCCGGUGGAACCCUCCAACCAGCUUCGAGAAUAAGAAGCUGAUUAUGGAACAAGAGAAGCCAGAAGUCAGCUUCCCUGGAGUCGUCAAGAGGCAAGAUCUUGAGUGGACCCACAGCUAUUUGCCCAUCUGCAAAAAUCAGCUCUUUCUCGACCCGCAGCCCUCCACUUUCCUAGCCGGAGAGUCAGAGAGAGGAUAUAUCACGAACAUGACCAAGACCCAGUCUGCCAAUGAUCUUUCCAUCAGGCCCUGCGGCUAUUCCACUGUCCUCAUCAACCAGUUCAACCAGAACCUGCCGUCCUCUCCUCAGGCCGGUCAGAAUCCCAAUAUCUGCUGUAGUGACAUUAAGCAGCCAGCAGAUGGAGUCAGUGAGUCAUCAGUUUUCCCGUUUACCGAGUUGGAAGAACAGAAAGCCUUCGCUGUUUUUCUGGAGCGCUUCAGAAGCCUUCAGUCUUCACCGGACUUCAGCAGUACUCCUCCUUCCUCCGUCUCACUUCCUCAUCAGACUGAUUCACCGAGGUUAAACUCGAUGCUGUCGGCUUACAGAAAACUUCCUGUCUGACAGCUUCGCACAAACAGUUCCCUCUCUUGCCUUUGUGGAUUUAUCCUCGUCCCCUGUGGGGUUUGGUCCUUACAUCUCCUAUGAUCGCUAGAUUAAGAUUUAAGAUCAUUUUCAUAAACCAAGACAUUGUUUUCUAGUUGGAAGUGUCAUAGGUCUCUCCCAAGAGAUAAUUACAAUGGGGAAUCAUUUUAGAAACAGAUAAUACCUCAGUUUUUAUUUAUUCACUCAUUUUAAAAAAUGAGGUGUGAAAAAAUUAUUUAGACCCUUCUAUCAAUGGAAAAGUCUUCAAUGCUCACCUGCUCUGGUAUUUUUGUAUAUAUAUAUAUAUAUAUAUUAUUGAUAGUUGCAAUAUUUCUUUGUUUUAAAAACUUGGUGGAAAGCUUGUUAAGUUUACGUAAGCCAAAGUUAUGUUAUCACAGAGCUGGGAAAAUGUCCAGAUUGGUGGGAUUUUCCGUUAGCAGAUUUGAAUCUAAAAUCUUGCUUGAUUUCGAUGUAACUGUAUUCCAGCAUGGCACGCAGUUGUAUAUUUGUUUCUUGUUUUCUAAUCAAACUUCUUGUGUUUCCUCUAACGUUGCUGCAUUUUGGAGAGUGACCUGGUACUGUGAAAAAACCUUCUUCAUCUAGUUUGAAGACCUGCAACAAGCAAACUACUUAAGUAGGAUUCAAAGCUUCAAAGAAAUUAGGCAUAUUUAUAGCAUAUUUUAAAUUGCAUUUUAUUUGUGAUUUUAUUGAAACAUCUGCCUUGUCUGUAUGGCUCGUUUGCCUUGAAAAAUGUUGACACCGCUUUAUUGACGCCCAUUUUUUACAUAAAGUUUAAAAUAUUCAGCAGAAAUUUAAAUUAACUUAGGUGUGGAAAAAAAACAAACAUUACAAAGAUCAAACUAUUUUAGUUACUGUGAUAUGGAGAGUUGAAAUGCGUGCUUUCUUGUCCUUUAUAUUUUGAAGAAGUGGUUAAAAAGUGUGACAGUGUAAAACUGAAACCAGAUUACAACCUUUUCCUGUUUUUAGUUCAGUGAGAAUUACCAACAUUAUUUCUAUUUUACAUAAGUGAUAUAAAUGCACAUUUUGAAAAAGAUUUUUCUGUGAACUUUUUUGCAUGUGUUUCCUUCCAGAAGCUUCUAACAUGACUUUGCUUAAA